AUGGCGCUGCGCAGAGCGUCUGCGCGAGGCUCUGGCACCGUGCAAUGGCAAUUACUUCGCUCGUAUACAGCACUAUCACGUGCACAGCUUCUUCAGGCGCCAGCUCCCGCGGCAUUUGCGCGCUCCGAACCGCUGUCGAUCUCAGGUUCUGGUGUGCUCACGACUCCAGCAGGUGGCAACUCAUUGCUGCUGGAUGCCACGCGUUUUAUGUCACAACAAACGGUUUCUUGCACUAGAAACAGAGAAACUGGUGAGGGGAACACGGCGAAGACGGCGGCAGCAGCAACUACUGCCACGUACGAGAUGUUACUGCAGCGAUUGUAUCAAGUGAAUCGUUUUACGGCCGUCAAGCUCGGACUUGAGAAUAUGCAUCAGCUUAACACGGCGUUUGGAGAUCCAGUAUCAAUGUUCAAAGUUAUUCACGUGGCUGGAACAAAUGGCAAAGGAUCAGUGGCGUUCAAGGUAGCUAAAGCACUCGAGCGGUCAGGAUACAAGACGGGACUAUUUGUAUCCCCACACAUUGCGUGCUUUAGAGAACGUAUACAGAUCAACGGUACGCUCAUCUCGGAGAGUGAGAUGUGUGUAAUAUUGUCGGAGAUUUUUAACAUUAGCACACAAAUGCGGAUUCCAGCUACGUUUUUUGAGAUAACGACGAUGCUGGCUUUCCAGCACUUUUUCAAGCAAGAUGUGGACUGUGUGGUAUUGGAAACAGGUCUUGGUGGGCGAUUGGACUCGACCAACAUUGUCACACCGGUGUUAUCAGUGAUUACGUCCAUCGGCAUGGACCAUGUGCGAAUAUUGGGUAACACGCUUGAGGCCAUUGCACGCGAGAAGGCUGGUAUCAUAAAACCGAACGUGCCGGUGGUGGUAGGACCCAACACACCUGUAAAUGUCAUGAUGGAGUACGCUGCGCGGAAUAACUCUCGGCUGGUGAGAGUACCGCUUGGGGUGGACUUUGAAGAAGAUUACAAUGUCGAGAACACGGCUAUUGCGCGCGAAGCCUGUGUACAGCUAAAUGCAUUACAUGAUUUGCAGUCUCGUGGUGGGCAUUCGAACCUUUGCGUCGAUUUGACGGAUGAGCGCGUGAAUGUAGCGCUCGAGUCUCGACCUCCGUGUCGCUUCCAAGUCCUGCAUGUUAUUCGCCCAAACUCAAAGGAGCGCAAAGUCACAGUGGUGCUCGAUGUGGCACACAACCCGCAGGCUAUUGACAGAUUAGCUGGCUUACUGCACAAGAAGUUUUUCGAUAAAAAGUUUCGAUUUGUGUGCGGCUUUUCAUCUGACAAGGCGAUUGCCCAAGUUCUGGAGAAGAUAACAGCCAUGGUCCGUGGCAGUCACUCAGAUGAGAGUGAUGAACAGCUCCAGGAUCGCAUCCACUUGGUAAAGGCCAACCACCCCCGUGGCGCCUCGCUGGAAGAGAUCAACCUGGCGCUGGCGAGCGCAAGUGCUGAGAGCGGGAAGAAACGCAAGUAUGCCACCAUUUCGAACAUCAAGGAGGGAGUUGACGCUGCCUUGGCCGCUUCACGUGCGUCUGUAGAUGAUGAGGUAGUCGUGGUAUGCGGCAGUCUAUUCCUCAUGGCCGAGGCACGUCAGGCUCUUGGACUAAAGGAACCUACCGACAGUAUCUCAAUAGCUGCAAUGGUGAGCUCCGUCCCGCCUGUCGAGUUCCAAUAG